UAUUCCGUGAAAUUUGUGUUUACAAUUAUAACAUUGUCAGCGUCCUAAGUCAUCGUCCAAGUCUUCGAGGAUAAGAUACAACGAUUAUAGGAAACUUCUUGGACAUGCACUCUAACAAAGUAAAGCUACGCACAUUUGGUGUUACACUUACAAUACUAAGGGUGGAAAGUUCAAUCCCUUACUACAAAUGAACAAUCGAUAAAAUCGACAUGAAUGAGAGAACAAUUAUGGAGACAAGGCUCUACAAAGCAUCCCUAAAUGGAAGUUUACCUGAAUUUGAGAGAUUGGAGGAAGAAGAUCCACUCAUUCUUGACAGAGUCUCUCUCAUGACCAUGAACUUUCAUCACCAAACUCCCUUGCACAUUGCAGUAUUACGAGGUCACUCCGAUUUCACGACAGCCAUUCUGAGUCGAAAACCCGGACUCGCUGCCGAGCUCGAUUUAACUCGGUGCUCGCCUCUCCACUUGGCUUCAGCAACGGGCCACGUUGAGAUCGUUCGUGCGCUGUUGAAUGCGAACGACGCCGUUUGCAAAGCUCGAGACGAAGAUGGUAGGACUCCUCUCUACUUGGCAGUCAUGAACGGGAGAGUAGAGGUCGUGAAACUGUUGAUUCAGGCUCGGCCCGAGUCAAUUCGUGAGAAACUCGGCAGAAGAGGAGGAGGAGGAGGAGGAGGAGACACUGUUCUGCACUUGUGUGUGAAGUACAACCGUUUGGAGGUUUUGAAGACUUUGGUUGAUGAAUUGCUGAACCCAAACGACGUCGCUUUUUUGAACUCUGCAGACGAAGAUGGUAACACCCUCUUGCAUCUUGCUGCAGCUCUCAAACAACUAUACACCAUAGAAUACUUGUUACAAGUAGAAAGUGUCAAAGAACAUCCCAAUACCAAGAACAAGAAUAAUUCUACAGCUUUGGAUGUUGUCGAGCAGUGUCCUAACAGAGACUUAAAACACAUGGAAAUCCGGGAGCUUCUUCUGCAAGCUGGUGUUCGAAGAGCUAGGGAUCUUGAAACUCCCCUACCAACAUUGCCUGAUAAUAAUAAUAAUAAUAAUCCUCAAACUCCAUUGGAUUUAUGCAAAUCAAUUUCAAGGUAUUGGAACAAGUAUUUUGACGUUGAUCAAGGGUGGUUUAGAGAAGUACGCGGACAUUUAAUAACAGCAUCCACUUUGACAACAACUAUGGCUUAUCAAUCUGGACUAAGUCCACCUGGGAGUGUUUGGCAAGAUGGACCUCAAGGAAAUGGUAAUCAAACUAUGAACGACUCUUCCCAUAAGCCCGGGACAUCAAUUUUAGCCGAUAAUGAUGGCAAUUAUCCUACUUUCUUGUUUGUCAAUACUUUCUCCUUACUAGCAUCUAUGAGCACUCUCCUUCUGGCUUUAAGCGGAUUUCCUUCAACGAACAAGGUUUUACUAUGGCUGCUGAUAUUCACAAUGCUUUGCACAAUCACAAGCAUGACUCUUUCUUAUUUGUUGAUACUAGGAAUGACAAGUCCAUCAAAGACUUGGGGUUAUGUCAGUUUCAAUUCAUCGCUUUUUUAUUGGUUUGCCAUAUGUACAUUUGUUUUUGCGCUUCAUGUAAGCCGCUUGUUCACAUGGCUAGGGCUGAAGUACAAGGAAUUAGUUCAAAAAAGCCGCUUGUUCACAUGGCUCGGGCUGAAGUACAAGGAAUUAGUUCAAAAUAGACGGUCAACGAGACAACCUAAUGAGAAUUGGCUAUGGAGGAAGUACCAAGAGUUGGUUCAAAACAAAUGGCCAACAAGACAACCUAAUGAGAAUAAUGUCAACCUUAUGACUCAACCGGAUACGACUAUUACUGGUACUUUAUCAAUCUCCAUUUGAGAUUUUUCUUUUCUUGUAAAUGUAUUAUUGUUCUAUUGUUAUUUUUUAUAUAUAGGUACUUCCUAUUUAAUCAUGUUGUGAUAGCCAAAUAUAGUUUGGUCAAUCGUAUGAAGUUUUUCUUUUCU